AUGCCUGUCCCCGCUGGAUUCAUCAGCGACUCCCAGUGCGCGGCCUUCGCAUCCUCGGCUUCGCUUAUUCCACCGCCCCCGAUCAACACCCGGCAGCCCGGUGUUGUCACCUCGCUGUUGUAUAGCGGCUCCAAAUUUAGGGGACACCAAAAGAGUAAAGGGAACUCGUACGACGUGGAAGUUGUUUUACAGCACGUCACGAUGGAGGACUCCUACUUAUGUGGUUACCUGAAAAUAAAAGGACUAACGGAGGAAUACCCGACUCUAACCACGUUCUUCGCUGGAGAGAUUAUCAGCAGAAAACGACCAUUUCUCACCCGGAAGUGGGAUGCAGAUGAGGAUGUGGAUCGUAAACAUUGGGGCAAGUUUCAGGCUUUCUACCAGUAUGCAAAGACGUUCAACUCGGAUGAUUUUGACUACGAGGAUCUUAAAAAUUCCGACUAUAUUUUUAUGAGGUGGAAGGAGCAGUUCCUGGUUCCGGAUCACACAAUCAAAGACAUUAGUGGCGCUUCCUUUGCUGGAUUUUACUACAUUUGCUUCCAGAAAUCCACAGCAACGAUCGAGGGCUACUACUACCACCGAAGCUCUGAAUGGUACCAGUCUCUAAACCUCACCCACGUCCCCGAGCACAGUGCCGCCAUCUAUGAGUUCCGGUGACCCCGGCUGGCAUCGUGGAUCCUGUUGGGAUGGACUUGAGGCGAAGCAGAGGUCUGCAGAUGCUACUGAGACUAGGAAAAGAAAAAAAAAAAAAAAAAGACAAAAGCCAACGUGGGUUAACAGUUGGGCGGAUAGAGUGCGGACCAGUGGAUGCGAAAGGACUUCUGAAUGUAUGUGUAUGAAAUGAGGUUUCUUAAAAAAAAAAAAAAAAAAAAAAGGAAAUGCCGUUGUGUUCCCUGGCUGAAGCGGGUAAAGUCCGAUCCAGCCUCAGAGCCCGGAUGUGGUUCUUACCCGUCACCACGUUUAAAUGUCUGGUUUUUGUUGUGUAAAAUUUGGCACACUUUCUCAAGACACUUUAUAAGCAAAGUCGGGACCGCAGCUUUCCAGACAUUUGACAGGGGUUGGAACAGGAUUCCUUCCAAGGGGAGGGGGGGUCUGCUUGGAGAAGCAACUGGGGCUCUUCAGGUUUUAGAGAUGGAGCUUUAAUCAGCCCAAAGGUUUUGACAUGGCAGUAUGUACAUUCAUUUGGUUGAAGCCGCUUCUUCGUUUGCCUGCCAAGAGAAUAUUUUUUCGUGAUUCUAUCACAAAAGAUGGGACACUUUGCGGCACUUUUAUGACCCUGAGCGGGUGACACGCUAAACAUUUCCCAUCCUUGAUGUUUUGUCAGAUAUGCUUUUUAAUCACAAGUGAUUGCCGUGGAUGUUGUUUAUUGUACCAUUUGCACAAAGAUGAAUAAGGAUAUGUUAUUAAUGCUAAUGCUCACAUGGCCCUGGUUCACAAGCUCAAAGCUGUACGGAGGAGGCUUGCUCAUUAAUUUUCGUGUGUUGGAGUGUUGAGAGACAAAUCACAUUAUAACAGAGUAUUUUUUUACCCGGCUCUGCCACUAUGUGUUAAACUUUUUGAGUGUUUCGCUUAAAUUAUAAAUCCCAUCCUCUUCCUUCCAUCGACGUCCCUUUUGACUAUGCAACGUGUUCAACAUAGCACUCUCCAAACACCAAGCCUCCAUUGUCAAGAGAUUUGAUUCUAUCCUAUCCUUAAAGUAUAUGAAAUCAACAAAAAAAAAAUCUUAGUUAAAAGUAACUAUUUUUGUUAAGAUUCUCUACAAAGUCCCUAAUCAUGUGACUGUGCCAUGUUUUUAAAGUUUAUCAGAGUUGUAUUAUAACAGAUCAUUCUUCCGAUUGAGCCUGAGUUGGAUUGACUGAUUGUAAAGAAAGAGAAAUAUCAAAACGA